CUCGAAUGCGUUCCUGCGUUCACGAUGCGACCCCGGGUGGCUCUGUGAGGGUAGUUUCUGCAGAUCUGGACACAUGCGUCGCCGUUUCGUCAUUCUGAUGAUUCGUCGAUUGCCCUUCGCUCUCUGGUACGUGUAAGACCACAAACACAGUCAUGACAAAGCAGCAGACGAUGACACGCCUCCUUUCAUGUGGCUACAGAACAUAGAUUUCAUCGUGUAAUCAUCAAUCACAUCAUGGGUCAGACUCUCAAGAAGGGCCGGGGCAAGAGGAAAGAACCACAGCAGCAGCAGCAAGAACACCAGCAGCAGGAGGAAGGUACAGCCGCCCACACACAUGCAACACGAUACACCCUGCGUGCGUUCCUUCAUGUGUGUGUGUUUCAGGUCAGGAUGAGGAUUGGACAGUAGUACAGGCAGAGGGUGAUGAGGCACAGCCAGACGCACAGCCAGAGGGGCCUCCUGCCGCAGCAGCGGUAACAGAUCCAGAUGCACCACAGCCGACGGAGGCCGAUGCGCCACAGCAGCAGCAGCCUGAGGACGACGCGCCGGAGCAAAAAGGUGAGCAAAGCAUCAAUGGGAUCGAUGGGAUCGAUGGGAUCAACAACCAACACGCUCACUCAACGGACAUGCACAUGUCCUCACUGUGUGUGCAGAUGGUGAGGACCACCAGGAGGGAGUCGAGCCGGCCGUCGAGCAAAAAGAUGAAGGCACCAUAGAGCCGGCAGACGACAAAGAGGUCGCCAAGACGCAGCCGGCGGGUCGGCCCAAGAGAAAGCAGAAAGGGUUGGACAGAACGGGCCACAGGGCGCCGAAUGCGCCAUUGCCGGAGGUGGCCUUAGAAGAUGUCAAGAAGAAGGGGCUUCUCGAGGUCAGGAUGCUGUGUACGCCUAUGUGCGUCAGUCAGCCCACACUCAUGUGUGGCCUGUGGUCAAUGCGUUUGCAGGCGACAACGACGAAGCACCUCAAGAAGAGGGAGUGGGAGAAGCGGCCGGCCCAGCAACCAUCAGAGUAGGCAAGCGUUGGCAAGCAACGCCCACAUACCACCAAUACAUGUGCUCUCUCUCUCUCUCUCUCUCUGUCUGUGUGUGUGUGUGUGUGUAUGUGUGUGUGUGUGUAUCAGGAAGUCAAUGCUCUGCAGUGACCACCCCGGCAAGACCACGUUUGACCGGUACGUAGACACACAUGAGAGGAAGAGACCCACCGAUUCAUGUCAAAGCGAUUUGUGUGCACGGAUAUGUGUGUGUGUGUGUGUGUGUGUGCAGAUACUACACCCACGAGACCCUCAACAAGCGGCAGGCCAUCCAGGACGUCCUCAAGUGCCCAUUCGGCUCGAACAUCAACAGAGAGGAAAACAUCGCACGCGCAAGUGAGCAGACAGACAGACAGACACACACGUCGGUAGCGAGGCGCGAAGGCUGCUGGCACAUCUGCACAAUAUAAUGUGUCUGUGUGUGUGUGUGUGCAGUAGUGGAUUGCCGUGAGGACAUCUCGCUUACGUCAGACUUCCUCAUCGACAGGUGCACAUGUCAGACAAUGAUGGCCGGCAAACGGUGAGGCACAUACGCACACACACACAGCAAUGGAUGGAUGGAUUGCCGGAUGAAUGGAUGUACGGACCAUGGUGCGUGAUGUGUUUGAUGAAUGGAUGCAGCUGUGAGUUUCGGUGGUUUGAGGAACCAGACCGUUCGAUCACUGCCCGCGAGUACAUGAACAAACUCGUGGAAUGGCUGCGCACGACACUCUCUCAGCUGCCCUCAGACAAGAGUACAUCCACACACACACACGCCCCAAGAGAGAGAGAGAGAGAGAUGGGGGAGCGGCCUGCGCACGUGUGUCUAUAUGUGUGUGUUGCAGCGUAUCCGACUUCGUGCAAGGACGUGUUCGGCCAGAUGGUGCGUCGGAUCUUCUACGUGUAUGCGCACGUGUACUACGAACACCUGCCGGACUUUGUGGAGAUCGGAGAGGGCGGCCAACGGGUGGGUGGCCUACCCUUCUCACCUCACCGGAAAGCACUGCAUGCUUGGGCGCUGCAUGUGUGUGCGCGUGUGUGUGUGUGUGUGUCAGCUGUCAAGGAUAGCGGAUUUGAAUGCGGGCUUCUGCCAUAUCCUGGGGCUAUGCGACGUAAGCGACUGAGGUUGCCACACACAGCGCGACACAUGGAUGUGUCCAUCCUCUCCCUGUCCGUCCAUCGCUUCCAACAGAUGUAUGACCUGUUCGACGCUUCGCUCAUCCCGCCGCUCCGGGUAUGUCUGUGUGAAUGCCGGCCACACACACUCACCAGACACACGCCAACACAGCCCACCUGAGGCCAGGCUGCCUGUGUGUCCAUCUCUUCCCUCUUGGCUUGAUUGAUGCAGGAAAUAGUGUCCAUCUACAGGAGCUCUCCAGGCUGGAUCCGCGCAGAGCCAGCUGUAGCUACCGACGGCAAUGGCAGCAGCAGCGAGCCGGCUGAUGGCGCAGCGGCUGCGGCAGACAGAGCAGCCCCCGCCAACAAUGACAAUGAGCAACGGGUGAGUGGGCACCACCCCCACGGGCUGCCCUCUGUCUACGUGCAUGCCUUCUCCUUUCGUGUGUGUGUGUGUGGGCAGCAUUCGUCGUUGAUAGCGGUUCAGGCGAGGUCGGCGGUGGAUGUCGUGGCGAUGAUGGACGACGCGUCCACAGAGCAGCUGAUAGAGGCCUUCACGGAGGAGGAGGAUGGAAGGAAGAAGACUGACACGGUCGUGAUGGACUGACAUCACCGAUGGACGGACGAACGUGUGCAUUUGUGUAUACGUGCUCAUGUGUGUGAUAGCGAGACAAGACAACCCCUGUGUGUCUGUGUGUCUAUGUAUGUGUGUAUAUGGCGGCGGGGAGAGAGGGCGGGGGGGCACUGGGGACCUUCUCGAUGUAUACGUACACUAUUCG